CAUCCCCUGUGAUUGGUUGUAGCUCAGCAUGCUCUAUUGUGCCUCAAGGCCGUUUGUUCGUCGGGUUUUCAACGCACAAACAAAACUUUACUGCCAGCCUGGGCAAUAUUGGGCUCCGGAGUGCUUUGACAACCCCCCUGUAUUAUUGGAAUCUCUGGAUAAUAAAGGUAAUAAAGGUAAGUUAUUACUUACCUGAGUGGUGUAAGUAAAAUGUGACGUAAUGUGUGCUUUGACAUAAUGUAGGUGACUUAAAGUUAAUAUUUCUUCAUAGACAGGACAGAAGAGAGAGGACAGAAGAGAGACAGAUCAGUCAUGUCAGGGUAAAUACAGCGUAUCAAAGCUAUAACUAUGUGAUGGCCAUUUGAAAAGACAUUGCUCUAACAAACUGUCUAAAAGCAGUAGGCCUGUGGUAAAACAAGUGGAAUAUGAAUGUGUACCUUGUAAGAUUAUUCGUUGGAAAAUAUAAUUGAUUCAGACCCUUUCAACUAUUCAAAGCAAACAAUGUACUAUAUGUUGUGUUACUCUAUGCUGUAUUCACCAGCCAUGAGAUGGUAGUGUAUAGAGAUGCUUCAGUGUCCCAGCCAGUUGUGCUGUAGGCUAACUGUCUCCUCUGUCAGUGUGCUUGGCAGGAUGUACAGCUUCAUGGGCGGUGGGUUGUUCUGCGCAGGAGUCGGGAACAUACUCCUUAUUAUCUCCACGACAACCGAUUACUGGAUGCAGUAUCGUCAAUCUAACAACUACAUGCAUCAGGGCCUGUGGCGCUACUGUGUGCCUGGGAAAUGCAUGACACACACAGAUAGCAUUGGUAAGAGCAACAUGUCCCCUUUGUCAUCAAAUGUACUAUAAGUGAAAGAAAGGUCUUUAUGAGGUCACAUUCAGUAAUUUGUUUCAUGCUGUGAAUAUCUAGUAUAAAAUCAUUUCCACAAGAAAGGAAUAAGCUCCUUUUAUUUGAGCAGGUUUAGAUGGGAAUAAAUCACCAUAUUUCAAUAUUUGGUGCAAUAUAUUGAAUAUUGUGUAAUAAGAAAAUGAUGUCACAUUUGAGUAAAGUGUGAAAAGUAAUUCAGUUGUAGACAGGAAUAGUAGUAAUGCUUAUUGGGUAAGUACCUGUACUCUACUGAGUGUCAGCAUUGUCCUCUCUGUUCUCGCUCUGUCACCAGCAUACUGGGAUGCCACCCGUGCCUUCAUGAUCCUCUCCCUGCUGGCCUGCUUCAUUGGCAUCGUGAUCGGCGUCAUGGCCUUCAUACGCUCCUCCUCCUUCAGUGGGUUUGACAAGACGUUUGCUGCCGGCAUCCUCUUCUUCAUCUCCUGUAAGUGUUUCCUCCUCCUCCUACUGUCAUUUCUCCCUAUCACUCUCUAUAUCAAGCAUAGAAAUAGAAUGAAUUCAUUCUAUUUCUAUGCUAUCAAGUCUCUGUUGAGGGAUGUGAUGAAAAGAAUAAAGCAGCAUUUGAUUGACUACUCUCCACAGGUUUCUUUGUACUGAUGGCGAUGGCUGUGUACACUGGGGUGACGGUUAACUACUACGGGAAACGAUAUGGAAACUGGCGCUUCUCCUGGUCCUACAUCAUGGGUUGGGUGGCCGUGGUCCUCACCUUCUUCUCAGGUAGGAUGAUGUGGUUUUGCCUAUAGAGCUAAAGCACUUCAUUUACUAUUGUGUGUCCCAAAUGGCACCCUAUUCCCUUUAGUGUUCUACUCUGGUCAAAAGUAGUGCACUAUAUAAGGAGUAGGCUGCCAUUUGAGAUGGCUCAGUCCAACACAAUUCAUUUGAAGAAAAACAUUUUUCACAUAAGUGGAUAAUCCUAUGUCCAUGAACUGAAUGGUAAUGUCUUCCUAUUUUUUUUUUACAGGUAUCUUCUACAUGUGUGCCUACAGGAUGCAUGAAUGCCCGAGAAACUCCAACUCCCGCUGAUCUGACAAAAAAAGAAAACACACAGCUCACACCUGGGUUUACACACCUAGCUACGUAAUUUCCUGUUUCCCUGACCACUAUUGAAUAACCAUAAUAAAAAGGGUCAAACCAA